AUGUACUGGCCAAAUAGAACUGAGAAGGCAAGUGCAAUGGCAAGGUUCACCCCUGCAAGUGCACUUGCUGAAGUUCAAGUUGAGGAGGCAAGUGCAGAGAAAUUUCACGUCAAAAGCUCUCCAAUCUUGAGGCGAGCUAAAAUUGGAAUGAGCGAACCUGAAGCCAUCUCAAGCCUAGAUGAUAUCAUGUCUUCCUUAGAUAUAGCCACCCAAUCCCUUGACAAAGUUGAAGCAAGUAGCAACGAUGAGGUCGGGGAGAGUAUUGAUCCUUAUGCACAUCUCCGAUGGGCUAUUGAGAACUUGACGAUCAAAGGCCUGAACAAACAGCAAGUCUUUGCAGUUGUUGAAAAGAUUGUGGAUGAAACUUUUGUCACUCAGCUGCUGCUUUUUGUCAUUGACCAGCAGCAGCAGCAUUGUUUUGGUUGGAGAGCAGUAGUUGCAGCAUUGACACCGGAACUAAGGGCCGCCAUUGAGAGGAGUACUGCUAUUUUUGACAAAAAGAAAGCACGGAAGCGGUCGUUAAAGCUAUUUGGCGGUGUUGCUGUUUUCAAGGUUAAAAGGGCUAGCAAGGUAGAAGUUGAAGAAAUGAAAGAUUGGGUUACAGAUGCUUUAAAUGCAACAAGAGCAGCUGUGGAAGAGGGAAUCGUUCCAGUUUCCAUUGUCAUGCAGACAAGAAAUGCAACAAGGUUAGUUGCUCCAACUAUUGCUAUGGGUUUAGGUGCCUUAACACAUACAUUGGGCACCCUCGUCCUUGUGAUAGGAGCAAGUGGAUUUGCUAUAACUAUAGUUGCAACUACUAUAGGAAUAUUGUCGGUAGUAUUAAUCCCUUAA